UGGGCCCCGGGACCAUUUGUUCUGGGAAAGGUGGGCCCCCAGUUCAAAAAGGUGAAGAACAUCGGAACAUAUCUAGAGCAUAUAAUGCUGCAUGACCAAGUGGAGAGGCGCCGUGGCGACAAUGUCUCCUCCAAACUUGUUCGGCUCAAGGGUUGUCCUCUUCAGGAGCCUGGACCUGCCUGCCAACAUGAGGGUUCGACCCACCCCUGAACACUUGACUUCCAUCCAACUGUAAGCUGUGGUCGUCUGGGGUCCACCUGAUGCAUGUGCGAACUCACCUGCUCUCUCUUGGACGAACUCGGCCAGAAUGUUGGCCACCUUGUUGAUCUCCUGGCAGAUCUGCGCCACAGACAAGUCGCCAGGUCAGCUGGUGCCAGCGUGAGUCAAACAGGCCGUGCGUGCGACCUCACCUGUCUCUUGAUGACCAUUUUCACAGUGAAGGAGAUGAAAUCGGUGAAGAGCUUCUUCAGCCAGUUGGGUCUGAAACAACACCAGGAUGAGACUCACAACCUCCUCACCAGUUGCAGAACUGUCACUCACUCUCUGUCUCCCUGCAGGUGCAGGCGCAGCCGGUCAAAGUUCAGGUAGCAGUCCGAGGUGUCCGCGGCUACGUUCCCUGCUGCGCCACAGUCUGGCAGAGGAGACUCACAUGUAGAAGAGGUCAACAAACUCCCACACAGCUCCUCCACUGCAGAGGCCACCUGAGGGAGCCGCGUGGGUCGAGAUGAUGCCACAACCAGAGGCAUCCGCGUGUCCUGACCACACACUCGAUGCUCACUAAACCAAGUGGACACAUCCUUGUCCAACAGCGUGAGGACCUGCUGCGGCGACAGCAGCUGUCCCAGCACCACUGAACACAUGACGUCAGCAUGGAGCAGCACAUGAAUCCAGGACAAAAUCAUGUUGUUGGGAGAAAGCCACCAGGCAGGUUGCCUGCGGAGCGCGGUUGGUCUCAGCUGGAUCCUGGCGGGUCAAUUGGCGACGCCGUGAGGAGCUUCAGGGAUGAGUGACAAGAAGAAGGUUUUGAAGAAAACCCACAUGGUCCACAUGGCUGAGACCCUGUGUGGUGGAACCAACACUGCCACCAUCGGGUCUGCUUCUGCGGCGCCAGCCUCCUCUGCGGGCAUGUUUGCUCACAUGAUUUGGGACUCGCUCAUCGUUCUCCUGGUUCUGCUGAGCCUCCUGGGGUUGCUGGAGAUUGGGUCCUUGAGCCGGUGCUGGUCUCCUGAAGGGGAAGAGGCCAGCGGUGUGUCUGCAGGCCAGAGAAACACAACAGACUUUUCCAGGGAUGAUCUCCCAACCACUGACUGGAUAUCCCCAAGGAUACGGCCCUCAUCAGACGACCACAUAAGGGGAGACAGGGAAGGUUCGGGUUCGGUUCGGAGAAGUGAAAGUUCUGGGUGGAAGCUGGGCACGUCAGAGGAGCAAUGUUGUUUCCAAACACACUGUGGCCGCACCCGAUUGGCUCCUCCCGGCACGUGACACCAGCCCGCCGUUGAUUGGACGGUCCUGAUCCGUGAUCCUCCACGGCUGGGCGUGCGGACUCGCGCCAGAGUUGUUCUUGGGGUUUGUCUCCUCCGCCCUGAGCAUCUCCUCCCACGAACACUCGGACUUUGCAUUUGGCCCAGCGCUUCCUGCGAGUCAGCAGAGAGGACAAAGAACUGCACUGGGAUCAUUGAAUUCCCAUGAAGUUUCGAGAAGAGUUGGACCUUUUUAACCAGCUGGCUUCCCAUUCCUCGCUGAGAUGGUUCAGCCCUUCUGUCACCUCCCAACAUUGGACCUCUUCAGCUGCUAUCCGUAAUCGUGGGCCUACAAGACCUUCCCUUCCCACCCGGUCAGCAGGGCUGACUUAUUUCUCACCUGCACCAGCAUGUUGACUCCAGACCGCAGGUCAGUAGCGACCACCUCGGUGUAGAAUGACUUGACCUUUCUCUUGUUCAACCAUGUCUGCUGAGCAUCACCGCUUUGCUUCUGGACGGAGGAGGGUCCGGCCUGAACGGAGGCUCAAGAUGAAGGCAGCGUUGGCGACGCUGACCAGAUCCACCAGAGCCGGACGACUGCUGGGCACCCCGGUGAGGACCAGACACUGUGGUCUGAGGGGACAACACAGAAACAUCGGCGGUCAGUCACACCACCUGCAGAUGCAGAGAACCAAGCUUCGACAUGAAGAUGUGAACAGAGACCUGUAGUUCUUGACGUGGUCCUGGACCUGGUUCAGACUCACGCAGUGACUGAGGGCAAUGUUGUAGGAGCUGGCCUGCACGGACGAGCCCCAGUUCACCGCUGAGAGGCCUCUUGUAGAGUGUGUAGAGCAGGAGGAAGAAGACCACCCCGAAGGCGAUGAGCGCGGCCCACCAGGUCAGCAGGAACAUGAUGACCAGGCAACACAGGGCGCACAGCAGCGACAGCCACUUGUUGUAGAACCUGAACGUCGGACGCCAACCUGGAGGGACAAAGUGACAAAUCCUUUUUCAUUUCUGAUCUGACGAAAGCUACUUUUUAACUCAGUGCAUGGAAAACACGGAAAGCUCCUCGGACCGGACACUACCUGGCGAGUUAGUGAUGGAGGCGUGGAAGCAGCUGAAGUUGAUGAGACAGUAGGAGCAGAGGAAGAAGUUGGAGAUGAUGGGAGCGAUGGUGUUCAACUCAGCUGCAGAUGUGAAAUACCGUCAGUUAAUCUGUCAGCUGACCUGCAGGGUGACUCGGUCACUGACCAAUCAGGAUGAAGCAGGCGGCGAUCAGGUAUGUGAGGAGGUAGCCUCGCAGCGGCUCGUCGUUCUUGCCGUAGCCUUUGCCGAAGAAGCCGAUGAGCGGGUAGAGUCUGUCCCUGCACAGGCACUGGAGAGAGCACAGGUCACCUGUCUGCACCGGGGCCAGCUCAGAGUCCGUGCUGGUACCUGGAACACUUUAGGGGCGGAGACCAGGCAAGCCAGGGCCGACGACAGCGUUGCCCCGAAUAUCCCGGCCGUGAUGAGCGGGGCGAAGGCCGACACCAAGCUCAUGGACUGGACACACAAAACAUCGGUCAGGCGUUACUUCCUGAAUAAUGAGAACCCAGACCCAUCAACAGUCUGAGCGACUCAUGGGUGCCACGUAAGGGCUCACAAUUCACUCAGCUGACGGACUCAAAUGUUGUGUGAUAUCAUUCCGCCGUUACAUACAUACAGAACACAGUGUGAGUCAAGGCCACUUCCUGUUCAGUUGCCAGGUGAGCCAGCGGAUGAGAAUAGAUCCCAAUCUUGGCACUGUAGAGCCCCCUGGUGGACGCUAAGUAAUAUCAAUGUCAAAGUGUUGUAGGACUCUGGCUGUAUAGAUGGAAGCCACACUUCCUCCCCUGAGUGUGGUCACCAUGGGGGACCCUACAAAGCCAUGUCUCCCCCACCAACAGUGGCAUCAUUGGGACCCUCGUACCCCUCCACCGACUGUGAGGCGAGUGUGCUCUCCUCCCUCAUGUGAAGUGUGCAUCACCUGAUAGUAGUUCCUGAUGCCGAAGGUGCACGUGUUGUUGUUGAUGCAGUUGCUGAAGUCCCACCCAAACUGACAACUCAAACCCUCACAGGCUUCACCAGACGAGGGCGAUAGAGAGUCGUUCAACAGACCUGAAGCGUCGCGGACCACGCAGGAGCCUGCCAAGACAAACCCGCGUGACUCGUGGUGAAGUCUGUUCUGUCCUGAAGCAGUUGAAGUACCGAUGGUGGCGGAGAUGAGGAUGUAGGAGAGGGUGGUCCAGAAGAUGGCCAUCAGAGUUCCUCUUGGGAUGGCGACCGUUGGAUUCUGUUUUGACGAGUGGAGGACUUGAGAUCAAGAUUGCUGACGGGACAAAGAGUCUGGGUCUGUACCUUCAGGUCUCCUGAGAUGUUGGCACCCGCCAGGAUGCCGGUGGCUGAAGGGAAGAAGAUGGAGAACAUGCCGAAGAAGCUGCCCUCUGGUCCGGUCCAGCUGGGCACAAAAUUGGUGGCAAAGAUGUCGGCUGGGGACGGUUAGAUGGUCAAGUGAGUCGGAGGAACUGGGCCGGGUCAUGUGAUUCUCAGAGCAACCUUUGUAACUGAAGAAGCCCUUGGCCUGCUUGUCUGGCGAAGCCGGGAUCACGGUGCCGACAAAGUAGUUGAUGAACGACACCAUGAUGACGAGGAAGAAGAGAAUCUGGGCCUUAAGAAGAUGAGUGUUCGCUUCAUAUUUGUCACCGGCUCAGACUGAAGCUGUGUGUGUCGAGUCCCUCACGGCUGCCGACCUUCGACUCCCAGGCCAUGCCAGCAGUGGAGAUCCCCAGGAGAAAGGUGACCGUGAUAAUGCCGAUGAUGCGGAUGUCAUUUAUUCUGUCCACCAUGACGGCUCCGUGUUCCUAAACCACAAAUGGAGUCAAGUCACCGCCGUGGCUGACGAUCCCAGGCCCCCCGACUCACAGACAUGAGGUCCACCACCGUCUCAGCGAAGCCCACCGUGUGCAUGGCAACUGCGACGGCGUUGGCGAAGGCAAAGAUCAGCCCGAUGGACCCGCCGAGCUCCGGGCCCAGACUGCGACUGAUCAGGAACCUUUCAUAGUGGGAGGAAACCAGAGCUUCUGAGACACCUCAUCUGCCUUCCCUUGGAGGUUCUACUCUGAGCUUCUCUCUCCCGAGAAAACUCACCUCGGCUGGUCAAUCCCCCUCCGACCUAAGCUCAGCGACCCCUGACAACUGACCUCCCUUGACCUUCCCAUUGGUGGCGAUGGCAGAUGUGGAGAGGCCGGUGAUGCCGGUGAUGCAGGAGGAGAGCAGGAUGAUGACCCAGGUCAGACCUGAACGCAGAAGCUGCUCAUCACCUCUCUUGCUCUCUGACGCAGGAAUGUCUUGCUGCGACUCACCGAUCCCGGCCUGAGCUGUGAUCCAGGGCAGCCUCAGGAUGGUCGCUGCAGAUCCAGACUCACCAUGACUCCCUGGACCCAACCGAAGCGGGUCGGCUCCGGCGGCGGCUCCUUCUGCUCUUCAUCCUCCUCCUCCUCCUCAGAGCUGUCGUCCUCCUGGUGUCCGGCGGUGUCCUCGUACAGCGGAGGCCCGGAGUCGUCCUGGUCAACAUGACACACACCUUGAAGUCCGGGUCAGCAGACCCCGCGGGCGAGCCUAUGGGCUUGAACCCGGCCAGGUGCACCCCGUCACCUGCUGCUGGAGUCUCCAUCCCGACAGAGGAGAGGACCGGAGAUGUCUCAAGGUGACGGCGCCAUGCUCAGUCUGAGCGGUGCCGGAGUUCUUCUGGAGGGGAAACUGGUCGACGUUUCCAGACACGCCAUCACGGACGUGGACCAGCAGAAGGUCCGGUUCCAUGUUCUGUACGUGAAACCGUCUCGAAUCCACCAGAGGAAGUACGAUGCCGGCGGGACAGAGAUCGAGCCCAACUUCAUUGACACCAAGAAGGUCAACACCGGCUUCCUCAUGUCGUCCUACAAGGUGGAGGCCAAAGGCGAGUCCAGCCUUCUGACGGAGGAGCAGCUCUCGGCUCUGGUGACCAAACCUGAGCUCACAAAAGUGACCGACCGGCAUCGCCCGGUGGGAACCUUUGCCUUCUGGUACCCUGAGUCUGAGAUGAGCAAGCUCGAGCUGGAGACGGGUCAAGAGGUCCGGCUGAAGACCCGGGGAGACGGUCCCUUCAUCUUCUCGCUGGCCAAAGUCGACGCCGGCACGGUGACCAAGUGCAACUUCGCCGGGGACGAGAAAGCUGGAGCCUCGUGGACGGACAAGAUCAUGGCCAACAAGUCUGGCACGGUGGCUUCUGAGAGGCCUGGAGCCGAGGGAGAGGGAGCGCAGGAGGAUGAGUGGGAUGAUUGAAGACACGCAACGACACUCCGCCUGCUGUCAGGGACCAUGAUGGCAUGUGCAAGUAAAAACACCGCGCUGAAGGGAGGUGGACUCAAAUGCAGCCGCUUCCAGGUGUCGACCCGACUCAUUGUAAUUCAUAUUAAAAUCAUGAAAAUAU